GCGCGCGGAAAAGCUGUAAAAAGAAGCUGGAUAAUAAGCCCCACCCCGGGAGCGCGGCACCCCCGCCUCGGCAGCAGCUUUGCCCCUCCGGACGCUCCAGGAACAAAACAAGUGUGCGGCUCUCGGCAGAAGGAAGCACGCAUGUUCCACGGCGCGCAAAACACGCGCGUCUGCAGUGACUUUUCCUGCAAACCCGUCGGAUGCCCUCCAUGCUAUUUUACCAGGACCUAACCGCGAUGCUUCCGAGUCCGGUCACUUCCACGCCGUUCUCCGUCAAAGACAUCCUCAAGCUGGAGCAGCAGCAGCAGCAGCAGCAGCAGCACGCGCACCCGCACCCGCACGCGCACUCGCAGCCGCCGGAGCCGCGCUUCCACGCGCCGCCGCCGUCGUGCAUGCUGGCCGCGGCGGAGAGCCCCGGCUUCUCGGACGGGGAGGAGAACAUGUCGUACCUGAGCGCGCUGUCGGUGCGGGACGCGCACGCCGAGGCGGGCCUCUCCGCGGAGCUGUUCGCCCAGUCGGCCUGCUUGGGACACCUGGCCGAGGCCAAACUGGAGGGAGAGCUGGAGGAGCAGGACACCAAAGGCUGCGGGGUCGCCGCCAAGACCGGGGAUCACGGCGAUGUCCGGCCCGGGGACCCCGAGAGGCCUCCGAAGCAGCGCACCAGAAGGAAACCCAGGGUGCUCUUCUCACAGGCCCAGGUGUUCGAGCUGGAGAGGCGCUUCAAGCAGCAGAGAUACCUGUCGGCCCCGGAGCGGGAGCACCUGGCCAGCAACCUGAAGCUCACCUCCACGCAGGUGAAGAUCUGGUUCCAAAACAGAAGGUACAAAUGCAAGCGGCAGCGCCAGGACAAGACCCUGGAGAUGGCAGGACAUCACCAUCCCCCUCCACCCAGGCGGGUUGCCGUGCCCGUUCUGGUCCGUGACGGCAAGCCCUGUUUGGGGGGGUCCCAGAAUUACAACGCACAGUAUUGUGGGGCGACCCCGUACAACUAUAACGGAUACCCGGCCUACAGCUACAGCAACCCCACGUAUAACAACAGCUACAGCUGCACUUACUCCGGCAUUCCGGCUCUUCCGCCCACGACAGCUGGCAACGCCUUCAUGAACGUGAACCUCGGUAACAUUGCAAACCACAUCAGCGGAUCCCCCCAGCCGCAGACACACCAAGGAACGGGGGUCCCACCGUGUCAAGGGACCCUACAAGGCAUCCGAGCGUGGUAGUCUCGCAGUAGACCGCAACUUUUUCUCCUCUU